AUGAUCUUGAGCGACUCGGGACCCUCAAACACCCCCUUCCCUAUCUCUCAUACCCCGUCACACUGCGAUAAAGAGAUCUUAAAGAUGGGUAAAGCAAAGCGUGUGAUUCUCCGUCUGCUAGAAGAUGAUAUGGAUUACCUGAAUCCUCGUGAAUUUGUUGACUUCUAUUGUGAGGAAUUCCCCUCCGAUGCAGCGUCGAACUCGACUCGCCAUUUCAUCCGCUAUCAACCACCGAAUGACGUUUCCCAGCCGAAUGCCAGGGUCCAUAUACUCAUCGACCUGGAGACACGGGAUUUUGCUGGUACCCUUAACCACGAAUUUCCGCACGAGAUUUAUGCCGUUCGCCGCGGUGCCGAUCAACCGUAA